UUUUUAGUACGUCUGUACAGUUCCUUGCUUUAUUCUCGCAGGGCCAACCAAGGAGCUCUACCAUGGGUCGUAGCCAUCUGAGAGCCAGCAGGUGGAGGAGACCAGCCGUGGCGGUGGCCGAGUUGCCGCUGUUGCUGCUGCUGUCACUUGGCGGCGUAGCGAACGCGUUCUGUCCCAUGCGGUGCGUCUGCAAUGACGACAAGCUAACGGUGCAGUGCGCGGGCGCAGCGCUCGACGUCAUCCCCAUCACGCUGAACCCCGAGAUUCGCGAGCUGCACCUGACGCGCAACAACAUCCGCAACAUCCUGUCCGCCUUCAGUGUGUACCAGCAACUCAAGUUCCUCGACGUGUCCUACAACCAGCUGCGGACUCUGGGAGCGGACAACUUCCCGCUGCCCGAACUCAAAGUGCUUGUACUAGACAGCAACUCGGUGGCCGAGCUGGAAGCCAACACUUUUCGAGGUCUUCGGACCCUCCUCGAGCUGCAACUGAGACGCAACGCGCUGACUUACGUGCCGUCCAGAGCGUUUCACGACAUGCGCAACCUAGAGCGGCUCGACAUAUCGCACAACCAGAUUGCCAGGAUAGACCCGGACGCCUUCAUCGGCCUGCACAGGCUCAAGUCGCUCAUCCUCAGGGACAACAAGCUCAGUCACGUGCCGACACCCGCUUUCCACCACAUACCGCACUUGCUUGCGCUCGAUCUCGGAAUGAACAGCAUCCCCACCGUCGUUGACAACGCCUUCAGCCAUCUGGUCAGGCUGCGAGAGCUCAACAUGGAUCGCUGUUCGACGGCCAUCUUGGAACCCGGCGCCUUCUCCAGCCUCGUUUCACUCGCGACUCUGAGACUCCAAGACAAUGCCUUCGUUGCGUUUCCAACGGACGCGCUUUCAGACUUGCACAGACUCGAAGAAUUGCACUUUGGCCGUAACAGCGUCAGGAGUCUCACGGAGGACAACUUCAGGGCGCUGGAGAACCUCAAGCGCCUCUACAUCGUGCGCUCCGAGUAUCUGGACAGCAUAGACGAGCGCACUUUCAGCCAGUGCUUGCAACUGGAGCAGGUCGUACUCGAAGAGAACCGGCGACUGCGCUACUUGUCUCCGGCAACGUUCACAAACUUGCGCCAGCUCACCAGAGUUAGCCUGAGGGCCAAUGGCUUCGAGUCCUUUCACCCGGAUCUGCUUCCCUGGAACCAGUUGUCCUCGUUCGAUCUCCGGGACAACCCGAUCGUGUGCAACUGCAGCGUCAUAUGGCUGUGGGACCUACUGCGCUCGCUCGACCACACGGGCAACUGGACCAAUGUACGCUGCCACAGCCCGACACACCUGAGCCGCGAACUGCUGCGCAGUUUGUCGCACUACGACCUCGACUGCGACGGCCGCACGAGACGAAACAUCCUCAUCGUGGGACUCUCGACCACGGCCAUCUUCGCCAUCGUCGUUCUGGCGCUAGUGCUGUGGUACCGUCGAAAGGUGUCCAGUGUCCUCAAGAAGCAGCUGGACACGGCUAGCCUUCACGACCCGCACAUGAGCCAGUUCCACAUCGAGAGCUCCAUGGCUCUGCCGCCUGCGGCGCACGUCACGUACAACGGAAAGUUUAAGCCGACGCCCUUGGCGUACAUCUAGGCCGACGAUGAUCGGCGACAACGGCGCGUGCAAGCAGAUGCAGCGGCCGCAGCAACACGUCCAUAUCCUCGUCUGCGGACGCUCUCCAAAAUCACGACUGUCGUCUUUCUUCAGCAGCAGCAGUGCAGCAGCAGCGACAGAAGGAGCAGCAACAGCUGUCGUGACGCGCUGAUGCUUUGGCGCGCAAGAACGCUUCCUUCUUUUGCAUUCGUGACUAGCACGCUCCGUAGGCUCUUUCUAUACGUUGACGGAAGACGAUCACAGAUGCAGCUUAGAGUAAAAAAAAAAAAACAGAGAUAAGAUAGGAAGAUGCGUAUACGCAGCCGG